AAACUCAAAAGGAUCCCCUCAUUCUUCUUCCUUCCCAAAUCCUUAGGCCCAUUCCUCCGCCUCCCAUAGCCGUUAUCAAAACCAGAAACGGCAAUGGCGACUGCACCAGCGCUGAUGAUACCAGCCGCCAUGGCGAUGAUGCUUAUGAUGCUCAUUCCAACUGCAUGCGGCGGUGCUCUUACAUCCUUUAAACCACUCAACAACCACACUUCCGGGGGUUUAGUAAAAUACAUGGUUGAAGAGGAGGAUAUUAAAUCAAAUUUCGUAAUGGAGUCGCACAUCAGCAGAAUGUUGGCCGAUUCUCAAGACUUCGAAACAAGCUCAACUAACAACGCCACCCAAGUUUCCGCCGGCGAAUGCGACCGGCCGCCCCGCUACGACAGCUGCCUCGGCGUUAAAAGGAAUACUCCGCCACCACAAAAUUGUAGCACCUUCAAUCGUGAACAUCCCUGUUAGUUCAUAAUUAAAUACAAACCCUAUCUUUAAUUUUAUUUUAGUUAUAAGGUUAAA